UCCGGUGGCUCUCACCCCUCCUCCCGGGCUGACGUAGAGAGGAUCCUCCGCUGCCCACGACUGUGGGCGACGACUCUGCCGCGGGUAUAAACAGCUCCACGGGACUCCAGCACGCCACUGCUUGAAGCCGCAGCAACUCGUUCACCAGAGCUGAACCUCAGCAGAGAUAGCAGCAAGCAGGCACUUCCACGCCGCGCAGGCUAACUCGCUUUCGGCUUUGGUUCGAGAUGGAGAGUCGUGGCACCUUGAGGCGCUCCAGCGCCCGCAACUUCAAGGGUGGUUUGUGUCUGUGGCUGAUUCUGUGGCUGGUAGUGGUGAAGCCGAGCGGGGUGUCUGCAUGCCCGAGGUUGUGUGUGUGUUACCCCACGCCCAUGACGGUCAGCUGCCAGUCCCAGAACCUUACCAUAGUGCCGGCUGGUGUGCCAUAUGACUCUCAACGUGUUUUCCUGCAGAACAACCGCAUCACAGAGCUGCGUGCAGACUCAUUUGGCUUUGAGACACAGGUGCUCUGGCUCUAUGGCAACAACAUAACAUGGGUCGAGGCUGGGGCCUUCAGUAACCUCAGGGUGCUGGAGGAGCUGGAUCUGGGCGAUAACCCAUUACAUCACCUGGAAGGUGGAGCCUUCAGGGGCUUGGAGAGGCUGCAGAGCCUGCACAUGCAUCGUUGCAAGCUGGCCACUCUCCCCCAUGACCUCUUCCACAAGCUGUACAGCCUGCAGUUCCUCUACCUGCAGGAGAAUCAACUCCACUUUCUGCAGGAUGACCUAUUCUCAGACCUGGUCAACCUCACCCAUCUCUUCCUGCAUGGGAACCGCAUCCGCGCCCUCUCUGAGAAUGUGUUCAGAGGCUUGGUCAACCUGGACCGCCUCCUUCUCCAUGACAACCGCGUCAGGCAGGUCAACCGUCGGGCUUUCCGUGAUCUGGGCCGUCUGACCAUCCUUUACCUGUUCAACAACUCCCUGGCCGAGCUGCCAGGCCAGGCUAUGAAAGACACCCAAGGCAUCCAGUUCCUCCGCCUUAAUGGUAACCCUUGGUCCUGCGGUUGCGAGGCUCGUCCCCUCUGGGAGUGGUUCCGCAAGGCCCGCAUCUCCUCCUCUGAGCUCAUGUGUACCUCCCCAUCCCAACAUCGCGGCCAAGACCUCAGAUUCCUCCGGGAGAUGGACUUCGCCCUUUGUCCUCUGCCUGACCCUGGCUCUCUGGCGGGAUCCACCACGACCACCUUCAGCACUAAGACCCGCUGGUGGUUCUCCAAGCACAAGCCUGUAUCUUCAUCUAAGGCCUCGUACCAGAAGAGCACAGAGGGAGUGAAGGCCUUCCCCUUCUCUGGCAGAAAGCCUCAGUACCUUCCCAAAAACCCCUCCGAAACCUUCUCCUCGAAGUAUGAACUGUCAGAGGAUGAGGUAGCGCUCCCCAAGCUAGACCAAGAAGAAUAUUGGGCCAACUACGGCAAUGAAGACGCCUCCGUCCGCUGCUUAGAGUUGGAGUGUCCCCCAGGCUAUGACACAGCCUUCCCCUCGUCCUCCUCCUUAAACAGCACCCCAUCCAUCCUCCACCUCCUCUCCCUCUCCAUAGUCACAUUAUCCUUCCAUUUCCUUUUUGGCUGAACUUUACUCUACUUUACUCCAUUUCCCCCUCUAAUUUCUUUUUCCAAUCCUAACAAAUACCUGGAUCUUGAUUCCUUUCAGUUACCUUCUCGACUUGUAGGAGGUGCUACACUGACACAGGGGACAGGUGAGGCAGCAGGGAGCGGUUUUAAAGAGCAGAGAACAGUAGAGUUAAUGUAGAGCCGGACAAUAAUUGAAUGCUGAAGUAGCUGCUGCUUAUAGUACAGGCAUUAAAAUCAGGGAUCAGAUCAUGGAAACUGACUCUGAUAGUGACGGUACAAAGGCAGAAAUCUACAACAACACGAUGAAAUGAUAGAGACACAAUGCAGACAGCUGGUGGUGUCUCCAGGUGGUUUUUGAUAUUAUAGCUAUGAUCAACGCAGGCGUUGUGACUCGUCAACAGCUAUUUUCUAUAGUGCUCACCAUCAUCCCCUCACAGCUAACGUAUUGUUCCUUACUUAUUUAUUUUUGUCAUCAUGAACACAAGUGGUAAUUCAUUAUACCAGAAGUAUGAGAAAGAGGUGGAUAAACACAGAUAAUAAGUCACGAGAGGAAAGGAUUAGAUAGAUGGAUAGAUAGAUAGAUCAUUUAUUCAUCCCAAAGGAAAUGUUUACAGUGAGAAGUAGAAAGAAAAUCAAUACAGAGUGAGCAGAGUGAGCUUUAGAUGUUCAUCUAAAGGCAGAAAAGGAUGAGAGGAUCAGAAUUGCAGCCAAGAGCAGCUCUACUCUCUCUUUCAGAUUCAAAAUCUUGUGUGAUCCCAGCGAUGCCAGCAAACAACCAUCACCACCCACACUUGUACAUAACACUAAUCAACACUGUACAUACACACAUCCUAAACUGUUUUGUAUUUUAGACUAACUGGAUUUUUACUUUUUAUUUGGUACCAUUUAGUAAACUACAGUUUGCGGCGAUAGAAGAGAUACUUAGAUUGUAAAUGGAAGGCAAACAAAUGAAAUAUCAAAACUCUAUUUUUGCCCCUUGUGUUUUUAAGUUUUGUCUCUUCCUCUCUGAGGCAACUUGAAAUUUCUGAAAAAGGAAGGCAUGUGCUCGAGAUUCUGAUGUUUUUUGUUUUUUUUGGUGUGUGAUUCAGUUUUUGUGUGUUUGAGUGGGAUUGGACCGUUAACCAAAGUCUUGAGAAGAAAAUAAUUACCUUUACAGUCUUAGUAGACAACCACUUCGAUUAUGUUUCUUCCUAAAAUGAGUGCCUCUGUGUAUGUGUCUGGUUUUCCUUUAAAAACAUGGCCUUUGUCUCUCUGUCUGUCUUUCUCUGUUUGUCUGUUUGUCUGGAUGUUCAAACUGACACAGAACAAGGUAAAAACAACACCAGGGCUAAACCCUACACCGCCCUUUGUGUUGUUUGAAGCCUCAGGUCUCUACCCUGCUGGCUCCUGUUACACUUUGAUCUGCAAUUGGUUUCUGUCAGUGUGACUGGGUACGUGUAUAUGAGGAUGUGUGUAUUUUUUCAUAGCCCGGAUUGAAAGUUUAAAAAGUCCUUUAUGCACAGAUAAACUAUAGGACCCAUACCUGUUUUUAAAAACUGUAGUCUCAGAAAUGCAUGGGAAUGUGUGUCUGUUUUUUUACUGUAUUCUGAACACUGGGUAAAUCCAAGGAUUUGUGGGAUUUCAGUCAAAUCUGUAUUGGGUGGUACUACAGACCAUAUUAAAGCUGUACUUUAUAAGAGAACCUUUCUGACUCAGCUGUGUGAUUUGGAUAAUAGGAUGGGUAUUGAUUGAGCAAUCUGUUAAACACAACGCCAAUCCAACCUGAUUGUGAUCCGCAUUGUUGGGCGUCGUUAAGUUCCUUGUCAACCCCAAAUGUAAGUCCACACCAUGACUGUGAGUUCCUGCGUAGAACAUAAAGGAUAAUGUGAUGAUGUUAGAUUCUGUAUUUUUUCAAUAGAUAAACUUGUUAGGAAAGUGUUUUGCUUUAUUAAAAAAUAAAGAAACAAUUAAACAA